CAACUAGUGCAGCCCAGAUAGGCAACAUCGAAGCUGUGAAGUUAACCACUCAGUUCGAUAAUUUAAUUCCAGCACUUACAAUAUUCAAGAAACAUGAUGUUAAAAUAUCUCAUGUCGAAUCUCGUCAAUCAAAAGAGUUCAAAGAUUGUCAUGACUUCAUGGUGGUACCAACAACUCAAAUGAAUGGUUUACAAACGGCUAUUGACGAGCUGAAGAAAAUAGGCAAAUGUGUCACCAUAGUUGGCGAAGACAUAUGGAUCCCAAAACACGUUUCAGAUCUUGACAGAUAUGCAGAUAAAGUUCUAAGCGCCGGAGAGGAUCUAGAAGCAGACCAUCCUGGAUUUAAAGAUGCAGUAUACCGGAAGAGAAGGAAGUAUUUUGCAGAUAUAGCUUUGAAUUACAAACAUGGCGAAUCUAUUCCACGUGUACAGUAUACGAAGGAUGAAGUAAAAACAUGGAACGCAAUCUAUACAAGAUUAACAGCAUUAUAUCCGAAACAUGCUUGUAAGGACUUUCUGGAAGCAUUUCCACUUCUACAACAGAAAUGUGGAUAUAGUGCUGAUAACAUUCCACAGCUGGAAGAUAUAUCAAACUUUCUGAGAGAUCGUUCCGGAUUCUCACUACGACCAGUAGCUGGUUUGCUAUCAUCACGAGAUUUUCUGGCAGGAUUAGCUUUUCGUGUCUUUCAUGCAACUCAGUAUACUAGACAUGGUUCGAAACCAUUAUAUACACCCGAACCAGAUGUCUUCCAUGAGUUACUAGGUCACGUGCCCAUGUUUGCAGAUCCUGAUUUUGCACAGUUCUCACAAGAAUUAGGAUUAGCCAGUUUGGGAGCUUCAGAAGAGGAUGUUAAAAAGCUUGCAACGCUGUACUGGUUUACCAUAGAGUUUGGACUCUGUCGUGAAGGAAAAGAUGUGAAGGCGUAUGGUGCUGGAAUUCUGUCUUCAUUUGGAGAAAUAGAAUACUGUCAGACAGAUGAACCAGAGAGACGAGCUUUUGAGCCAGAAAAAGCAGCUAUUCAGGAAUAUCCUAUUACUAGGUUUCAACCAAUAUACUAUGUAGUUGAUUCGUUUAAGUCUGCUAAAGAUAAAAUGAAAGAUUAUGCACUUAAGAUUCCACGCUCAUUUAAUGUGCGUUACAACCCUUUUACCAAAAGAAUAGAUGUCAUCGAUGGGACAACAGGAGUGGUUACUCUAGUCAAAGAAUUACAAGGUGAAGUCACCAUGCUACAGGAUACACUUACAAAGAUUGGAAGUUUUAGAGAGUAAAUGGUGCACAAUUGAAAACAUUUUGAAAAAUAUAUCAAUGUAUAUACAUUAUUUGAUGAAUCUCACAGCUAGAGAUGAUCAUAUCACUAGACAUUACUAUUACUUAAUACAGAAAACACUGCAUUAUUUUAUUAUGUUUUAGUCUCUUGUAAUGUAGAUUAUAUCAACUUAAGUUCCAAUAAGGUACAAUUUGAGACAAUUUACAUUUCAACCAUUAACACACAAGGUGUGUCAUGACUUUCAUGCAUUUAAAUAUACUUUCUUGGAAUCGUUUUUUUUUAAAUUUUAGUUUUCCCUCGGCAAUAUGAGAAGCCCUCUCUUUAUAUAUGAUUAAUAAAGAGAAAACUAUAUUAUAUAAACAUUUAAAAAAAUUAAAUUGAUGAAGAAAAUAUGUGGAAAGCUAAACGAAAGAAAGUUUUAAAAGAUAGAUAAGAACACAAAAUGAAUGAUUAUUAGAAAAAAAUCUUUGUGUAUUAUAAGACUGGUAUUCACUUCAUUGUUAUGUUCCUGCUAUGCUAUCAGUACAAAAGAAACUAUGUCGUACGCUUUUAUACAGGUAAACAUGCCUUUUUUUGUGAAGGUGUUCCUAAGCUAUCAUUUUCGUCAAUAAAUUUGUUUUUUUGGUU